AUGGAAAGAAGCAAAGGAAACAGCAGCUCCUUGAGCCUGAACUCCCACUCGAAGCGAUCGAGCACGAACCUCUCAAACCUCCGACUUGCACCUCUCUCCUCCCAAUAUACACCCAAGACCAAGGAUGUACGGUUUGGAACCGAAGACGCAGGCGAUGGGCCAUUUCAAAGAAGUCAUUCGUCCUAUCUCCAGGGCAAGUCUGCACCGGCAAGCCCAGGUAUACUCAGUAGAAGCUCGAGUAGGAGGCAAAUACAUGGGCUCAGCCGGAGGAGUUCGAUAUACGACCAUGAACCUGCAGAGGCGAUGAACUUUGAGUACUCGAGCAUGGUGCGAGACAAUGUCGGCGCGGCGAAUCUCAAGGUCAAGGGCGGACGGAUGCCAAAGGCGAAGAGCGAGGCAGCGCUGCUUGGGCAUAGGAACAGAGAAGGAACGCUCUCUCCCCGAGAAAACCGUGUUAGGCAUCAUUCACGACAGAAUACUGGCACAAGUGGCUCGAGGACUCCACAAGCAGUAAGAAGGCCGAAUCGCCCGCAGGACGAUUGGAUCAUCCGGACGGGAGCUGCAGGCAACGCAAUCGUCCAGGAGUCGAAAGGGCAAUCGUGGCAAUCUAAGCUUCCUUCGUCGACAUCUUUGGGACAUCUACAGGAUAGCACAGACGAGGACGAAGACGAUGGGUACGAAGAGCUCGCUGCAUUGAGCGCAAGCACCACGGGAUUGCAGCUAGCGGACGACGAGCUUUCGCCUGUACAGACUCGAUCUGGAGUCUGGGGGAGCAGAUACGGCAGUCGGAAUGGCAGUAGACUGACAUCGCGCCGUGGUAGCUUCACGGGAUCGCGCACGCCUUUGGCGCCUUUCACGACACUUGGGCAAGCUGAAAUCACAUCUGAAGAUUUUCCUGCUACGGCAGUGGAGCCUGACUUCGUGGAUGCUGAGGAGGACUCGGAGGGUCAAGACGAGACUGCCGGGGGCGAAGGAAAGUCGUACGGUCUUGGCGGAGUUGUGGACCGGAUCAUGAAUUUCAACCUGUUCAAAGUCGAGGAAGGGUACGAGAAUACAGAUGACGAGGGUGGGCACGCAAGCGAAACGGAUGCCGAGGCGGCACAGCGGAUGGUAGAAGAGAGUCGGAGAAGGAAAGCAGAGAAAGACAAGCUCCUCAAUCGCUCGGGAGCUGAAGGAGGAGAGCAAGGCGCAGCUCCGGCAGACGAUGGCUGGUCUGAUGCUGCGUGGCUGUUGAGCGUUGCUUCGAGAUUUGUAUUGUAG